CGCCGACGUUCGUCUUUACUAAGAGAAGUGUAUAAUUAUGAUACAAAAAUCGCAGCGGAUACGCUCCGUCUGUGCGAGUUUCAGCACGUUUCAACCAAUGAAGGCCGUAUUCACGUGGAAGAGAUUUGCAACUCACUGCGCUGCUCCGGCACGGCACAGACUUCGCGCUAUAGCGUGGCCCACGUAGACGUACAGUAGGUUUGACGCUCGGCGCUUCUCGUGGAAGCUUGUAUGAUGCCUCGCUGCACCUGCAACCCACGAGACUCACUUAAUUGUCAGCCAAAGCGUAGCCUUCCUGCUUACAUGUACCGCAGCUGGCGACCUGCGCGUUCAUAGUGUUUUCGACUAUAUGGUAUUGUAUGCGCGUGCUUGUCCCAUUUGAAGUUUGCUCUGUUCGCACGCAGGAAGACGCUGUCGAAGUGGCUUUUCGAAGGGAACGUCUCCUAAAGUCAAAUUGGAGCAGAUAACUUGCAAGAAAACAACGUACGUGGCCGUUUGCCUUGACAACGUAUAUUUACAUCAGCCCGGCGUUUAGGCAAUACGGCCUUUUUUGCACGCUUGCUGUAUUUGAAAACAAGGUGAAGACGAUCUGAGAGGAAGAAGACACAGUGGCCGCACGCGGUCUCGUUUAACGCUCGGAAUUCACAGCCGAUCCCCAAGUGUUCGUUGUGCCAGGACACCGAGGAACAACCCCAACAACAAACUCGGAAGUAUUAGCCAGUGUUCAGACACAAGAGCCGAGACAAGUCUGUCACCACACUGCCUAAGACGCACUCUCAAAAGACAGACGUCAAUGAUGGAGGCGCUGUCUCAUCCGAGAGUCCUGACCUACCUCCGGCACCUGGGAGCUUCCGAGCGCUCCGAGCCCACCUUGGACUACCUCGACCGACUGAUCAGGGCGCACCUGGAGCGGGUCACCUUCGAGAACCUGGACGUGCUGCUGGAACGACGCAUCAGCCUCGACGCUGACGCCGUACUCGGCAAGGUGACGGGGCGCGGCCGUGGAGGCUACUGCUACGAGCUCAACUCUCUCUUCGCCCGCCUGCUGCUGGCGCUCGGCUACGGCGUGUGCCUGCGAGCGGCCCGCUUGCGUCUCACGACUCCCGACGACUCGCCCGUGCGCACGCGCCUCACCCACAUGUUGCUACUGGUCGAGCCCACCGACGGCCGGCGCUACUUCGUGGACGUCGGCAUGGGGCAGUGCGGUCUGCACCGGGCACUGCCCCUGGAAGGCGACGCGACUCCGUUCCGUGUGCGCAGCUUGGCCGCGACGGAGGCCCUCGAGGUCGCGCUGCCCACGAGCGACGGCGGCUGGAAGGUCUUCUACGUCGUGGAACCGUACGACCUCGACUGGGUCGACUUCAGAACGUUCCACUGGUACUCGUCGACCAACCCGGACAGCUCGUUGAGGCGCCUCCUCUUGGUGGGACGCCGAUCGCCCCGGGACGACGGCUGUUGGCUGCGGCUCGUGAACGACCGGUUCGUACGCUGGUCGCCGACGCGGGGAGUCGUCGAGAAGCGGGUGAUGCGGGACGAGAACGACAUCCUCGAGAUUCUGCGAGACGAGUUCGGGCUGAACCUGAACGCGGCGGACGACGAGGCACCGCUGCGUGUUCGCUUGCGAGGCCUGCUGGAGAACUUGAGACUGGGUCAGAACCUCGUUCAGAAAAAGCCGAUGUGGCCGGAGUGAUAACUGCAGCGCGCUCG